AGAGAGAGCGAGUGAGCGAGCAUGUGUGUGAAAGAGAGAGAGAGAGAGAGAGAGAGAGAGGAGGGAUGACAGGAGAUGUGGUUGUUGCCGCGGCAGCAGAGCAGGACAGAUCUGAGACAGUAAAACAACACUCCUCCUCCUCCACCUUCUUCUUCUUCUUCUUUUUUAUUAUUAUUCCUGCAUCCUCCUGCGUCCGUCCGUCCGUCCGUCCCGCUUCCACCUGGACAAAAAAAAAAAACAACCUGCCUCUGCCUUCCUCAUCCUCCUCCACCUUCAUCAUCACCACCACCAACCAUCAUCCUCUUCCUCCUCAGCUGUGGACGGCCUUACAUGGACAUGGAGUAAAGGACCUGCCUGACGCCUCCUCCUCGCUCCUCAAAACAAAGCCGGUGUCUCUCCUCUAACACUAACACCCCGCCGACUUGAACAGGAGAGAAAGAGACAGUAAAACACAGAGAGAGAUAAAGGAAUAUUAGAGAGGGCAAAACAGCAAGCAAAAGCAGAAAGAGAAAGAGAAAGAGAGAAAGAGGGAGGCUGCAGAUCCAUAAUCUCCACAGCAGAGAAACACUUAGAGGGAGGGAGGCAACACAGGCGAUUCUGUCUAUCUUGCAACUUCAGGGACCAUCAUCACAAUUUAAUAAGAAUUUGAAAGGCUGCGGCGCUGCAACAAAUCUGUCUUCAGAGGGAGAGAGGGCGGGCGAGAGAGCCAGAGUCAAACAGAGAAAGAGAGAGAGAGGAAGCAGCGAGGUGGAGGCCAGACACAAACGCUUUAACGCUUUCCUACCUGGAUUUUUUUUUUGUCUUUUUGCUUUUUGUUGUAAAUCCCAGCAGCAAUAACCUGUGGCUGCAAUAUCAUAAAAUAACUUUAUUAUUAUUUGACAGAUAUUCUGCUGAGAUUUCAAGACGUGAUGUUUUUCUAUCGAGAGAAUCUUUGUUUUGAACUGGAACAUUUUGUUAUUUAGAGGAAUCCGACUGACAGCUGCUCGUAGGCUGAGGGUUUUUCAUCUGCAAUCGGAAAAACAUUCAAAAAAAGGAAUAUCUCUGAGAUUCCUGAGUUUCCAGGUUUUAAAAGUGUGAAUUUUACCCUGGAGAUUUGUUUUUUUAUUUUGGAAAGCAACGGGAAGCUCCUUCCUCGUCCGAAGACUUCUGAAAUUCAUCAGAAUAAAAGUCGGGCCUCGUACCUGUCAGAUGCAUCGCCCUUCCUGCUCCUUCACGGCGUUCUUUUCAUGGCUUGACACCUAACUGUCAUCUGACCCCUCCCUCCGCCCCUCCUCCUCCUCCCCCUCCUCCCCCUGUCAACAUGUCCGACCACCUCCUCUCUCGCUGCCCUGAGCACUUGAGGAAAUCAGGGCAGGAGAAGUGAGCGAAGAUUUUAGUUGAGGCACUCACCUAGGACUCAUUGGCUCCGCCCCCUCCCCAGAGGACAGAACUACGCUCUCUGCAGGUUGGGACGCUCUGAUGCAAGAUGGCAGCCGGCGUGGCGACGUGGCUGCCGUUUGCGCGGGCGGCGGCCGUGGGCUGGCUGCCGCUGGCCAAGAAGACGAUGCCCAAACCUCCUGUGGACAACUCGUCCAGAUCAGAUGAGAUCCUGUACGUCAAUGUCAGCGGGGUCAGGUUUCAGACGUGGAAGAACACUCUGGAUCGUUACCCUGACACGCUGCUGGGCUCCUCAGAGAAGGAGUUUUUCUACAACGAGGACACACAGGAAUACUUCUUCGACAGAGACCCUGAAAUGUUCCGACACAUUCUGAACUUUUACCGCACUGGGAAGCUCCACUACCCGAGACACGAGUGCAUCCAGGCCUUCGAUGAGGAGCUGGCCUUCUACGGCAUCGUGCCAGAGAUCAUCGGCGACUGUUGCAUGGAGGAAUACCGAGACAGGAAAAAGGAGAACCAGGAGCGUCUGGCCGAGGACACGGAGGCCAACGAGGCGAUGGACGCCCCCCUCCCUCCACACAGCACCUCCAGGGAGCGUCUGUGGCGAGCCUUCGAGAACCCUCACACCUCCACCAUGGCGCUGGUCUUCUACUAUGUCACCGGCUUCUUCAUCGCCGUCUCCGUCAUCGCCAACGUGGUGGAGACUGUCCCCUGCCGGCCUCCCAAGGGCAGCGUCAAAGAACUUCCCUGUGGGGAGAAAUACCAGCUGGCCUUCUUCUGCAUGGACACGGCCUGCGUGCUCAUCUUCACCUUCGAGUACCUGAUGCGUUUGUUCGCCGCACCCAGCCGCUGCAAGUUCAUGCGCUCUGUGAUGUCGGUGAUCGACGUGGUGGCCAUCAUGCCCUACUACAUCGGCCUGGUGAUGCCCGAGAACGAGGAUGUGAGCGGCGCCUUCGUCACCCUCCGGGUUUUCCGCGUCUUCCGGAUCUUCAAGUUCUCGCGUCACUCACAGGGUUUGCGGAUUUUGGGCUACACGCUGAAGAGCUGCGCCUCCGAGCUCGGCUUCCUCCUCUUCUCUCUCACCAUGGCCAUCAUCAUCUUCGCCACUGUCAUGUUCUACGCCGAGAAGGGCACCAAGGGCUCCACCUUCACCUCCAUCCCGGCCUCCUUCUGGUACACCAUCGUCACCAUGACGACGCUCGGGUACGGUGACAUGGUUCCAAACACCAUCGCGGGGAAGAUCUUCGGUUCGAUCUGCUCUCUGAGUGGCGUGCUGGUGAUCGCUCUGCCCGUCCCCGUCAUCGUCUCCAACUUCAGCCGGAUCUACCACCAGAACCAGAGAGCAGACAAGAUGAGAGCGCAGCAGAAAGUGCGUUUGGCUCGGAUCCGCAUGGCGAAGAAAGGAACAACCAACGCCUUCCUCCAGUACAAAGAAGACCGAGCGCUCGGGGACCGGGACAGCGACAGCACUGCUCUGUGUGUGAAGAACAAAUCAGCGUUUGAGCACCAACACCACCAUCUGCUGCACUGUCUGGAGAAAACCACGAACCAUGAGUUCACUGACGAGAUGACCUACAGCGAGCUGUGUAUGACAGAGUCCGUCGGCUUCAGGACCAGUCGCAGCACCUCCCUGUCGAGCCAGCAGGGGGCGCAGAACAACUCCACCGGCUGUUGCCCCCGCCGGGCCAGGAGGAGAGCCGCCAUGCGACUGGCCAACUCCACGGUGUCCGUCAGCCGAGGCAGCGUCCAGGAGCUGGACACCCUGCACGUCAAAACCACCUCCAUACCGCCACAAACUCGUUCCAGUCUAAACGCCCAGGCAGACGACCUGAAGCUGAACUGUGGAGAGCAAGAUUUCACCGCCGCCAUCAUCAGCAUCCCCACGCCGCCCGCCAACACGCCUGAUGAGAGCCUCCCCCCGUCGCCCGCCCCCAUCCCCGGCAUCCUGCGCAACACCCGCGCCACCGCCUACACCCACGACACCGUCAAAAUCUCCUCCUUAUAACCUCCGACCUCACCUGCAACCUGCAAACUCCCCCCGUCACCCACCCUGCUGCCCCACCUAUCACCCCCCUCCCCGUGAACUCUGAACUUUAAAAAUCCCUUUGAACCUCUGAUCCUGAACCAGGGGCGCUGCUAGUUAAGAUUUCGGGGGACAAAGACUACUCAGACAGAUAAUUUAGGUACUGCUGGCUGCUUUCAUUCCCUCUCACCAUUUUGUGGAUCAUGUGGAAUGAAUGGAGACAAAAUGGCUUCUCAUCUAGAGGCAAUGACACAAAAUAGCAUCCAAUAGGAGCUGGGAAAUCAAGGUCAAAUCAAAGGCAAGGACUCCUCCCUCAGACUUUCCUCAGAUUCACCCCCUCAUGCAUUCUAGACCCCAAUAAGCACUUGAUCCCUGCACAAUUCUAACCUUUGGACCUCAUUGCACAAACCCUGCGAAGGGUUCAUCCUUGACCGACAGUUGGAAAACAUGCCAGGACUUCCAAAGAAUGACGUUCAGCACCUCAAAACCAACUGAUGGACUGUGGUAAUUGGUUCCAUUUUGUGUCUCCAUUGAACAUUCUGGAGGGGUACAAAAUGGCAGCUGAGGAUGGUUGUCUUAUCUUGGAAUGGUGUCUUUUCAAAAGACAGGUCAAACGUCUUGGUCUUGUAGGACUGCUGACCACCAGAGGAUCAUUAAGACCAACUCAUCUGAGAUUGGAGAAUGAUGAGACAGAGAGGAACUGUAGACAACCAAACAACCCUCAGCGGCUUCAGGGGCUUUAGCUGCAAUUUUUUGAUUUCUUUAGAUGCUGGUUGUUGUGGGAAACAGGUGAUGUUUUUCAGGCCAAUCAAGAAAUGACACAUAUGGAUUGGUUCCUUGGCUUUAUUCUUGCAGCUCCAGACUGGAUCUUAGAGGCCUGAUUGCAGAGGAAACGUUGUUGGACCUCUUUUGCUUGAAAUGUCAGAGUUGUAGGUUUAAACCCCAACAAUGGAUCAUGAUGUCUUUGAAGAAGAUGGCGGAUGACUCUUUGUAUGAAUGAUGUCUUGACUGGCUCUAAAUCAGCAGCUGAAGACACUUAUUUCAGCAAAGAAAGAAAAUCAUGAGUGAGAACUCUUGAGCUUUUAUUUGAGUCCAGUUGCAGGAGGUAAGAGAACAUGAAAAUCUUGGAUCGAUCAUCCAGACGCUGCUGAAUCAUGUGAAUCUAGCACAUAAACCAAACUGAACUGGGUUUAACUGAUCUAUGCUGAGCCUGAAUACUGUUCACACAACUACACUGAGCUGAUGGCAACUUAAAGGAGCUGAACUGGGCUAAACCAAACCGGUCUAAGAAGAACUGGAUUUACCUGGUUUUCUAAAACGGGACAGAGGAGAGAGAAGGUUUAAAUUAGGGAUCCAGGACUGGAUUAAUCUGGUCUGAUGUGAACUGGUCUGGUCCGGCUGUAACUCAGACAUGUUUUUCAGUGUGACACUGACGCCCAGACCGGGAACGAAAGCCUUUUACUUUUCAAAAUAUGCAACAUUACAACAAGCAGGAAAAUAGCAUCAACAAAUGAACAGAAUAAUAAUAAUAACAAUAAUAAUGUGUGUGUUUAAAAACUACAGUAAUUAUUGCAGGGAACAAAAUGUAAAGCAACUAAGAAAUUCAUUUGUUAUGUGAUCUUUUCAGUGAGAGAACAUAACAAGUAUUCUGCAAUAGAUUUAAAUGGGAGAAGGAAAUGCAACGCUGAAAACUCUUUAGCAGUGAAACCAUGUUUGUCCUGAAGAUGUGCACUCUAGGAAACAAAACAAGGUUGUUUUCAGCACAUUGAUUAGGGUGGUAAAGAUCCACAUUACUUACAUCUUAUUUAUCUUUGACCCACAUUGACUUCAGCAGCGUCUUCAACCUUGAUAUAAAGCAAAACCUACUCAUGCCCUCUCAAGGACGAUCGUAACUAUUAUUGGCACUAAUAAAACAAAUAGUUCCAACACAAAAUUUUUCAAAUCAGUUUGAACACAAGCGACAUAGGCCUACUUAAUGUUGUUGUGUUUAUUCCUGGUGCCUCCACACAUGGAUGAAAAAAUGAGGAUAUCAUUUCAUUUUCCCACCAAAAACUGUCUUCUGUCUCCUUCUGUUUAGGCCAGCAGUGACAAUGUGGAAGUUCAACACCAACCAAGAGAAAAAUCAGACGUUUCAUUUGCAUUCAACCAAUGAGACUGUUUCUUAAAAGCCCUGCAAACUCUUCAUAACACACUUUGAAGAAAGCUAAAGUCUGUCCAGCUUCCUGUCUCUGUUCCACCAGCUUCUGUAAGUCAGUGCCGUCUCUCAGGCAGCAUUUCUUUCAUUGGUUUUUAUGAAAAGUAUCCACAUGUUCUUGUUUUUUAUAGGAUUCAGUUCAGUUCAGUACAACUUUAUUUAUGUGAGUGCAACUGUGUGCAGCAGCUCACCACCCAACAUAACAGAUCCACACAGUAGAUCCUGUUGUUGUUCCUGCUAAAAACAUUCAAUGGCUACAAGCUAAAAAAAAUGUUAAUAAUUAACUACACAUAACUAAACAGUAACAUAAAUCUCACUGAACAGAAAGGUAACAAGGUCGCACAUCAAUGCAUAAAGUAAAACCUAUGGGGUUGAGAUAAAUGUGGAUCCACUACAGCCGCUGUUAUUAGAGGUUAAAACAUUUAUCAGUUCAAUAAAGAUAAAGAUUAAUUUAAUUAAAAGAUUAAUUAAAUGUUAGCCUGCUAAAAACUGCAGCUGUUAAUUUCAGCUGUGUUCAGAGGUUUUCUUGUUUCUGGACCAGAACCUGGAGCUUCUGUUUUCACUUCAGCUCUGGAAUAAACCAGAUUACUGUUUCUCACUAGCUUUAUUUAACUGGCAGUUCACCAGCUAACUGGACAGCCCUGCGGGUAGUCACUACGUCACCAAGCUUGUAGCACCAUGUAUCUCCAACUUCCUGGUCUUAAAAUAUUUGUUAGAUCUUUGUUGAGGAGAAGGUUUUCAGAAGUCACUGUUCAAUACAGCAGCUCUCAUUUAUCAGAGACGAUGAACUUCAGAAAGAUAAGACGUUUGUGGAACAGAAGCAGCUUAUAAACAGGACAGAACUUUACUUUUCUCUGCAGACCUCUUUUAAAAUGCUCUUUUUUCAGAAAACAUUUAUGCUCUAAGUGGGAAGUUCAUAAUAUUUAGUGUCAGUAUCGUGUUGAAUAUCAACAUGAUACAAAGAUGUGCUGAAAAUGAUUGGCUAAGAGUCGCCAUCAGCAACAUGUGACUGAAGCUGUGAGUGUUUCAGCGAAGCGUUUCCUCGACCAUUCAGAAGCAAGUGUGAGUGAGUGACACACAGACAGGAGACAAGACGUACAUACUGUAACAUAUUUUGUAUCAUAAACUUUCACCUGCAUCUUCCAAUCAAAUCCCCCGCCCUCCCCCUCUCUCCCCCCGCCCCUCCCCAAAAAAAGACAAAAAAGAAGAAAAGAUAGAGCUGAAAGUCGUCGGGUUUCUGACUGGCGCUCCUCCGUGCAUGAGCCUCGUACAGUAGAAGUAGCACUACUGAUCAUAGGAAUUUAUCAACUGUAUCAGAGAAAAAAAGAGAAAAAAAAAAACACAACACAAAGGGGAAAGAAAUCUCAUCAUCCGUUCUUUUGCAUGACGACUUUUAUUUUGUUCUCUCCUAUCAGUCGUUGGUUUGUUUUCCUCAUCCCCCCCCCCCCCCCCUUCCCGAAACUUUUCAAGACGAGUGUUUGCACCACCGAGAAGUGUACGUUAGAUUACCGAGAAGAAAUAAAACAGAUUAUAUUAAUGAAUUAUUGAUUUCAAAACUAAAAAUCAUUCAGGCAUGUUCCUCGCCAGAAUGCAAAGUGUGUGUGAGAGAGUCGGCGGGUGUUUGUGUGUGUUUGUAUGAAUGUGUGUGUGUUUGUAUGAUGAGCAGUCACAAAUAUGCAUGGAUACCGUUAUAGGUAUUUUAUCUGUUUUCUCUGGCAGAGAGUCGAGUGAGAGGAGACUGAACUUCCUGUCUGUUCACCACACAGAUCUGUCACAGCUUCAUCAUUCAACAGUAUUGGAAAAACCCAAUCAAUACAAUCAUCCCUUUGACUAAUUAAUACCAUGAAAUAAUUCAUUUGCACCAAAUUUGUCUGUUGAGGUCCAUUUACUAGUUUCAUCCAGAGUUUUCAGUCACUUCAUCAGUGUAUGGAGGAAGCUUUGGAACAGUUGAAAGCUCCAGAGAAAGUUAGUGAGUGGGCCUUGAGUUACUGUUAUUAUUAGGACCCAGAAAACUCUUACCAACUGAUUACUGUGACUGAUCUGCAAUCAGAUUUAUGAUUGAUUAUCUUUACAUUGUGUGGUUUUGGGGAUGAAGCUGUGAUCAGGGAUGGAGAGUGGAAAUUGUGAAAAGCACAUAUGACGAGAAGAUCAUAUUAAUCAGAAUUCAGUAUUGAUUACUGAUUAUUUCAGUCAUAAUCACCAAAGAGUAACUUUUAAUUUUCAGAUUUUGUUAUUUUUAAAUAAUUUUUAAAGGAAAAUUAACAAUAAAAAGCAAAGAUUAAAACAUAUUAAGAAACAACAUGAUGCUCCCUCCUGUGGUGCAUUUGGGGACCCUGACCCACAGGUUGGAAACCAUAGCGUGUUAGCUUUCUCUUUUAGUGUCAAACAGCUGCUUUUGUUUUGAAAAUGUUGGAGUGAAGCAGCUGCUCAUCUGAACAACAGACGCUGCUCUGACAUGUAAAGGACACGUUGGUCUCAUUGAUGAAACAGGAGCAGUCAGACAGUGAAGUGAUGGACCGGGAUGUUCAGUCUCAGACAGAGUGAGGAGUGGUGAAUGAGUGGAGGAGAAAACAGCAUUAAAGCACAGAGGUGUAUAUUCCAUUCCACUAAUAAAGACAACAGAAACCAGAA